UGGUCCAUCAAGUCUCGAAGCCCACUCGUUCGCUUUCAACAACGAGAUCUUUCGCCCGGUAUUGAAAGGAAUUUACUGCUCCAUUAGGGCUGCCACGGAAAUGCUUCGUACAGCAGCGGUCAGAACCGGAUUCUCAGGUUCUUCAACCUUGUGCGCCAAAGCGGGUUCACGGUUGCUGUGUCAAAAGCCUGGACCAUCAUCUAUCAGAUCUUUCUCCGCGUCAGCCAACCGCAAUGUGAAGAUCCUCUCUGUUUUAUAUGACGGCGGAGAACAUGCCAAACAGCAACCGCGACUAUUAGGGACAACCGAGAACGAAUUGGGCCUGAGGAAGUGGCUUGAAGAUCAGGGCCAUACUCUGAUCACCACCUCUGAUAAAGAAGGUCCCAACUCGGUGUUUGAGAGAGAGCUUCCGGACGCGGAAAUUCUCAUCACCACCCCAUUCCAUCCGGCGUAUCUGAACGCCGACCGACUGAAAAAGGCCAAGAACCUCAAGCUGGCUGUCACUGCAGGUGUCGGAUCAGACCAUAUCGACCUCAAUGCCGCGAAUAAGACGAACGGUGGCAUCACCGUCGCAGAGGUCACGGGCUCCAACGUUGUUUCCGUCGCAGAGCAUGUGGUCAUGACCAUGCUGGGCUUGGUCCGUAACUGGAUUCCAGCCCACGAACAGAUUGAGCGUGGUGAAUGGAAUGUUGCCCAAGUCGCACGCAAUGAGUACGACCUGGAAGACAAGGUGGUGGGCACGGUUGGAAUCGGGCGCAUCGGCCAGCGUGUCCUACGGCGGUUGAAGCCGUUUGACUGCAAGGAGCUGCUCUACUACGACUACCAGCCUCUCAAUCCCGACGUGGAAGCUGAAAUCGGGUGCCGAAGAGUGGAGAGCUUGGAGGACAUGGUCGCACAGUGUGAUGUUGUCACUAUCAACUGUCCGUUACACGAAAAGACCUUUGGCCUCUUCAACAAGGAGUUGAUCUCAAAGAUGAAGAAAGGAUCAUGGAUUGUCAACACUGCCCGCGGUGCGAUAGUGGUUGCCGACGACAUUGCCGCUGCGCUGAAGUCGGGCCACUUGAACGGCUACGGAGGAGAUGUCUGGUUUCCUCAGCCCGCGCCACGAGACCACCCGCUUCGCUAUGCCAAGAACCCUCUUGGAGGAGGCAACGGGAUGGUUCCCCAUAUGUCGGGCAGCUCGCUGGACGCCCAGAAGCGCUAUGCCGAUGGUGUGAAGAGGAUUCUGCAGAGCUACCUGAGUGGUACGCAUGAUUAUGAGCCCGCAGACCUGAUUGUAUACCAGGGAGACUACGCCACACGCUCAUAUGGUCAGAGGAAGAAGAAUUGA